AUGGUGUAUCGACCAGGAAAACAAGCCACACUGCCGGACGGAUUAUCGAGAAGAGCGGACUACCACUCGGGAAAAGGGAGUACCAUGGUGCAAGAGAGCAAUCUCAUGGAAGGUUUGCCGAAGUUCGACGAACUUGACGACACUAGCUCUGGGUUACAACACCUACUUCGAGCUUUACAGGGUACAAAGGAAGUACGAGAAAACGACCUCAUUGAUCCUAUGGAUUUGAUAGUUGGGAUACAAGAAGACGAAGAGGUGGAGGAGGUUAGAGAAGAAUUAUUGGGGUGUGGCGUCGAUGUCUCACUAGGACAGGGUACUCGUAGGGGAACUACGGCUAACUAUGCCGUAGUAAUAGGUCGAGUGUCCGUCUCAGUGGUUCGAGUGGAGGUUGGUGAUGAUGAAAGGAAGGUCGGUGAUGAGGAAAGGAGGGUCGGUGAUGGCGGUUGUCAGGGAUGUUACGACGUAGUUCGUGACAGUCGCCCCCUCCUUAGGCGCGAACGUCCUCUUAACUUCGUCGAAGUUCACCGUGGUUGUUUGUUGUUACCCUGUGGUAAUUACGUUGUAAGUGAGACAGAGGAUUUGGGGUACAACAAACCUCGUCGAAGUUCCGUGGGAAUUUUGAUCGUCGCCAUGGUGUUUGUUGUUGCUGAGACACCUUGUUAUGCGAAGUUACCAGCGCCCUGA